AUGACCUCAACCAAAAGGGAAUUGGCUUCCGCCUGCCAAAUUCUCGUGUCGGAUGAUGUUUCAAAGAAGAAUGGUUUGAAGUCUAAUGAUUGUCAUGUACUAAUGCAACAACUUCUCCCUUUUGCAAUCAAAGGGGUUUUAGAUGUGAAUGUGUGGAGAACAAUCCUAAGCUUGUGUCAUCUUUUCAAUGAGUUGUGUAGUAAAGUUGUUGAUGGUAUUAAGAAAUCAUCAUCGACCCGAGGGUUGCAUUUCAGAUUGUUAUGUGGCGGACGAGGCCUUAGAAGUUUGUUCAGACUACUUAGAAAAGAUGAAAUCAAUUGGCAACCUCAUGAACGCGUUUAUGAAAGAAUCCACAGCAGCAAGCCUUUAUCAAAUGCUACAAUCGAUGUUGUAGAUGCUCAGUUACUUGAUCAAGCUCAUCUUUAUGUAUUACGAAACACUACUGUUGUGGAGCCAUAUAUAGUGAUGUACAAGUGUGGAUCAAAUGGUGAAACUGAUGAUAUGUUGGAAUUUGAUGCUACUUUUGACUUAACACAAGACUUCGCUUUAUUAGACCUUGAUGAUGAUUUUUUUGUGUAUGCGCCCGAAUGGCGAGGGCAUAUUAGUUUAAAUAUUUUUUUGCGGAAUAAUAAAGUUUUUUGGUUGUGUUUGUGUGACAUGAAAUCGGAUUCAGCUUCCGAUCCCGAUGAGGACUCCAAGCAAAGAGGUCCAACAACAAAUGCAAAAGCUAAUAAAGUGAAACUUGUAGAAAAGCUUGUAGUUGACCCAAAGAGCCAGAAGCAAAUUCUCCAAUCUAUCGGAAAGAAGUGGAGAAACUUCAACCAAUAUUUAUAUACCAAGUUCAUUAACAACCGAAGAAGAGAGUUGAAGACAAGAGGAUAUGAAUCAGAUGUGAAGAUGAUUGUUAAUAAAAUUGAUGAGCUGCAGAAAUCAGGAGGCUUUGGAGAGGUUACAUGUGGAACACAUGAUGUGCUUACAGAGGCCUUGGGUACUCAGGAACAACGUGGGCUUGUACGAGGGAUGGGUAAAUUUAUAACGCCAGAACAAUACUUUUAUUUACCCAAGAAUGUUAAGUAUUACUUGGAGACUGAGAAUGAGAGGGUGGAUAAACGGAUCAACAAACUUGAAGAUGACUUGGAGAAACUAAAAAGAGGUGUACUUAAUGUUUCUGAAGUGACAAGCUGCCAAGUAGGGGGCGUCAUUGAAGAUGUUGAAAAAGAACCAUGGAAUGAAUCACUUGAUAAUUCAUGUCUUCUUGCAGUUGAAUUUCCUGCAAAUGUAGUCGCUAAAGGAACCAUAAUCUAAUGAAAACAUUGAAGUUAUGAUGGAAACAAUUUUACAAGGAGAAGCUUUAAUACCCAUUCCAUUGAAGAAGAGUUCAUUAUGAAG